GUCUGUCUGUGUGAGAGUGAACAACCGUCCAAAUGGCUCAACAGGGAGUUCUGCUGGACCAGGACCAGUUAUGUUGUUCUGUCUGUCUGGAUCUACUGAAGGAGCCAGUCACUAUUCCCUGUGGACACAGUUACUGUAGGAGCUGUAUUGAGGGCUGCUGGGAUCAGGAUGAUCUGAAAGGGGUCUAUAGCUGUCCUCAGUGCAGAGAGACCUUCACUCCAAGGCCUAAUCUGAGGAAAAAUAACAUGUUGGCUGAGCUGGUGGAGAAACUGAGGAAGACAGGACUCCAGGCUGCUCCCCCUCCUGCUCUGUGCUAUGCUGGACCUGGAGAUGUGGCGUGUGAUUUCUGCACUGGGACCAGAAAGCAGAAAGCCCUCAUGUCCUGUCUGGUGUGUCUGGCCUCUUACUGUGAGACUCACCUCCAACCUCACUAUGAAUUUUCUGCUUUGAAGAAGCACAAGCUGGUCAAAGCCACCGCACAACUACAGGAGAAGAUCUGCUCUCAUCAUGACAAACUGCUGGAGGUUUACUGUCGUACCGAUCAGCAGUGUAUCUGUUAUCUGUGUACAAUGGAUGAACAUAAAGGCCAUGAUACAGUGUCAGCUGCAGCAGAGAGGACUGAGAAACAGACACAGUGAAUCCUAGUCCUGGACUAAACAGUAUGUUCAAUGUAGAUGUCCAGGAAACCGGCCCUAAAUGUGUCAUCUUUCAUCCUCCCAUACUGCUCAGUCCAGCAACAUUAAACCUGUCCAGCAGGUGGUGCUGUUGACCAAACAAUAAAACCAGCAGAUAUCUUGACUUGCCACUCAGUAUAUCAGUAAUGUUCAGAAUAGUACUUUAAUAUCAUUGGAGAUUGAUGGUCUUUUUAAUCCACUAUCCAGAGUCAGGAACAGAUGAAGUUAGGUCUGCUACUGUUCAGUGAUUAAAUAUGAUUUAUGGUGAUGGGAAAUAAUAAAAAACAC